AUGCUCCUGGAAGGCCAGCUGCUCCUGACGAUCAGACUGCGACAGGGGUCAUUGCUGAUAGACCUUGCUUUCAGAUUUGAGAUCUCCACUGCUUUUGCAAGUAAAAUUUUCUCGUUUUGGAUAUGGGCGUUGGCAAGAGUGACGACAAAAUACUUUGUCUGGCUAUCACGAGAGACCAUUGCAAGGACACUGCCAGCAUCAUUUCAAGAUCUCCCAAACACAAUUUGCAUAAUGGAUUGCUUCGAGAUUUUCACAGAGAGACCAAUCAAUCUGCUCCGCAGAGGACAUACAUGCAGCCAUUACAAAUCCCUCAAUACGGCGAAAGUCCUAGAUGUAAUAGCCCCAAUUGGGUUCAUAAUGUUUGCGUCCAAAUCGUAUGGUGGCCGUGCCAGUGACCGGUUCAUCACGACAAACAGUCUAGUCCUCAAGUAUUUUGAAUCUGGCGAUGAAGUUCUUGCGGACAGAGCCUUCACCAUAUGUGACCUGUUGCCAGUCGGGGUUAAGCUGUCAUUCCCAAGCUUCAAAAGAGGCAAAGAACAACUCAGGUCACGUCGCCUUGCAAAAGUCAGGAUCCACGUCGAGAGGUCUAUAAGGCGCAUGAAAUGCUUCCGCAUUCUACGGCACAUACCAGCAAGUGUCUUUGCUAAGCGGAACAUUGUUGAUGAAAUCUUGCUCACUGUCGCCGGACUCUGCAAUCUGCAGCCACCGGUGAUUAAGGACAAAGGUGUGUGUGAGGACUAG